AUGAUUGAAAUUUGGGUUUGGACAAAAGAGGAGGAUGUUAACAACCAACUUUGCUGCACUCUCUCAGGUGAGCACGACUUGCUUGCUUGCAUGGUUGUCAAUAUUGUCGGAUGGUGGACAAAACACGACUGGCUGGUUACAUGUGACAUUUCAGAGACUGUACAACUAUCACCGAUGGAAGUGGAGGGUACAGACGGUCACAUUUACAAUAUGUGUCGACAGGCAGUCAUUCGAAUAGUCAAUGCACAACUAUUCUCUACGAUCAACAUUUCACCCGACUAUAACGGAUACCGAAACUAUUCGUCUACAUCGAUGGAGGGUCUAUUAUAUAUCCCCGCUACUCCCUUUUCACCCUAUUACAAUAUCAGCGCAUACAGUCCGAGAUGUCCCGGCAAAGAAUUUAAACUACUCGUACCUUACAAGACACCUCAUCUCCCAUCCAUUCCCUAUGGACUAUGUCCCUACUCUUUUGUAAACUAUUCUCUGUCUAGUAUGAACAGUAGCGGUACCAACACAGUCUUUGCCGCAAGAAUGUCGACAGACCAACCAUUUUCUAAAGAUAAUCUAUCAUUCACAGUGCCUUUUGGCAAUGUUGUUUUCAACGUUCAAUUAGAAACAGGGAAACAAUGCGAUAUUUCUCAAUACUCUUCAACAAAUCCUUUUGUUCAAUAUCCACCAACAUUUACAAUUCAACCUUCAAGUUGUUCAUCAUUUGAUGGAUCUAUAUCACUUUUCAAUGUUAGUGGAUUUAGUGAUUUAAAAUUGUAUAAUGAUACGUCUAAUCAAUAUACAGUAAACAAUACAUUUAAUGGAUUUAUGUCGGUUAGAGGAGGACGAGAUUAUAUGUUUGAAUUUCGUACAUGGAAUUGUGGAGUACAAAGGGUACCUGUAACAGUACCAACUACGACGCCAUCAAUUGAAAUCACAUUUACACCAGUUAAAUCACAAAUGGGAUAUGUACAAGUCAAUUAUAUGGUUCGAGUUGGAAACACUACGAUGACAACUUUUACAAACACUACAUUUUUUCAAACAUUUGAUGAUCGAAAUCAAACCAUUUCUCCCUUGUCACCGUCCAACUCUAGUAUUGUCAUUUUAUUAAACAACAGAGACUAUAGAGUAACUUGGAUAGAUGUUAACAACACCAGCAACAACUAUGGAUGUGGACAAAUUUCACAAACAUUUAAAACACCACGUCCUGUGAUGCCAAUUAGUUUCAAGUUGUCAAGAUUCCCACAGAGUUGUAGUGAUGGUGUGGUAGCCACAGUAGAAGGUAUGGAUAAAAGUAGUGUACGACCAUAUGGAUUUGUGGUAUCCUCCAACAACACAUUCUUGGCUUAUUUAGGGAUAUCCUAUGUAUUGAUGCCAAUCAAUUCAAACGAUAUGCCACUAUUAAAUUUUACCGUGCCAACUGCCAAACCAGUCUAUGAGAUUAUAAAAUCUCGUCAAGAUUGCCUUGGUUCAAUAUCACUCAAUAUUGUCAAUUACCUAGAGUUUAAACAACCACUACAAUUGGUAUCUUCUCAAACUGGUUCCACCACUCUACUCUCAUCCAAUGGAAACUUUUCCAUUCUCUCACCUGGUAAUUAUAGUUUGAUUAGUACUAUAGUAGGUUCUAGUUAUACCGAUUGUGUCAAGCCAGUAACCACCACAAUCAUAAUAGAUCCCCUGGAACCAUUCAACUCUAGUCAAGUAUCGUUUACUGUUGACACUGCAGGAUACUAUGACCAAUUCUGUCCAUUCAAUGCAACUUCUAUCAAAGUUACACCUCAAUUGGAAAAUGUCACCUUCUCACCAACCUUUAUACCUACCAAUACCUAUUUCCCCAAUCGAAGAUAUACCAUUCCUCUAAAACUUGGUCAUUGUAGUAAUCAAAAUUUAACUUUUGUUUCUCCUUCAUUUACAGCAGUACCUGUAGGAGUAGUCAUUGCACAAAGUCAAAAUUGUACAUAUGGAUCACCUCGUGGAACUAUUAUUAGAGUGUAUUCAUAUGUAAAUAGAACACAUACAUUAUAUGCAAAUAAUAUUCUAGUUAAAGAAUCAAGUCCCUCUCAUUAUAAUCUGACCGGUAUGACUGGAAAUAUAUCAUUGUCAUUUGUAUAUGAUAAUGCAUGUGCUUAUAAUACUUCAAUUAGUAUUCCAAAUAUUGAUCAACCAUAUAUUUUAAUUAAACCACAACAAUAUCAUAACAGUUGUAAUGAUUUAAAUGGAAAGAUAACCGUUCCAGAUUAUAAAAGGUACACUUUGUUAAGAGGAAAUGGAGAGGAUUUUGAAAAAGGUGAGUUGGAGGCAUCAGGACCUGUCACCAUAGAAUAUGUUAGUAAUUGUUCAUCGGGAACAUUUAAUGUAUUUGUUCAAACCGAUACCGUUGGCAUGGUAUAUGGUAUGAAUGUGGUGAGAUAUCCAUCUUGCAGUUCGACUCUAAAUGAUGGAGUGUUUCAACUGAGUCUCAAUUCAACAAAGGGACUACUACUCGCUACAAAUGUUACCUUUGACAAGGGUAAUGCAUCAUUUAGCUAUGAUUAUCAAUACAUCUAUUCUCUUCCACCAUUUCAAAGAAUACAUGUACUAGCUCAAGCCAAUUAUUGUUAUUUUGAUUUUGCUGUUGAAACUGCUACCCUAUCACCACAAUUUAAUUGGACAAUAGCCAUAGAACCUUUAUCAAGUCAAUCAGAAGAUGGUGUUGUUUUAAUUGAUUUUUCAAGACAGGUAUUCUCACUAGACUCGAUAAAGAUGGUAUCUGGUGCACCCAAUUCAUCACUACUCUUUUCGCCCAACCACGCGACACUAAGAAGUUGGGUUUACGGUCUUGCUCUAGACCGAGAGACUGUUUUGGAAAUUGGAUACAAUCAUUAUUGUAAAUCAUAUAUUACCAUUGGUUUUAAUAAAACUACUCAACCACCAGAAUAUAAACUUGUACAACCAUGUGGAAAUAUGAAUUGGAUUAUUGAAUUUCCCAAUUAUAAUCCAUAUGUGUAUAGAAUAAUGGUUGGACCUGAAAACAUUGUACCGUCUUGGGAGGGUAUGGUGACAAUACCAAUUCUUCCAUCUCAGAAUGCAUCAAUCCAAAUUAAAUGGACACAUAUUCUAACGGGAUACUCUUCGGUGAUUGUGGUGGAGCCGCCUGCUCCGAUGUUUGCUAUCUACCCGUAUAUCUCGAAAGAGACGUGUUUGGGUAGUUGUGACGCCAGUAUUAUCAUGGGUACAAACAACUCGAUUUACCUGCUGCCUACAGACUCUCGACAAGUCUUGACAAGCGCACCGAUUAAUCGUCUGACCAAUGGAAACUACUACUACUACGAGUCGGAUUUAACCAACCCUUACUGUAACUCUCAAUUCAUAUUAUCUGUACAGAGUGAUGAACCUACCGUCACAGUCUACUCUGAUGAAGGAUGUUCAAUGUUGGAUGGAAGGAUCAAUAUUGAAUCACACUCUUUAAAGCCACUCAACCUAAUGAUUGCAACCAAUAACAGUGGUAAUGUGUACUAUGGAAAUAGUAUUACUGGGUUACCAGAGAAUACGUUCCAACUCAAUGUAUCGAUUACACAGCAAUUCUGUCGAAGAGCAUUCCCACCGACCAAUGUCCGUGUUCGAGUCACCAACCUAAACGUCAUCACCGAUACCAAUGUAUGCGAACAAAUGGUGGUUCAACCAACUGGAGGUUCGUCAAACUAUGUCAUCUCCAUCCCCGAGUCUGAACUAGCCGCCAACAAUGUCUCUGGAUAUGUAUUUAAAAAGCUACGAAGCAAACAAUACACCGUCUACAUUGCCGAUGCCGAUAGAGGAUGUAAAUUCCAAAAAGAUGUAACUGUUAUGAAAUGUCCUGAUGGUUAUUCAAUUGAUAAUCAUUCUAAUAGAUUGUUACCAUCUUCAUCAUCAUCAUUCCUAAUUAUAUUGAUGACUAUGUUGUUCAUAGGGUUGACAACCCUAUGA